AUGUGGUGCACCCGGUGGUACCUACCGCUGUUGAUAUUGCCGUUUUCUCGUGCAAGCCCCCUUUUUCUCGUCGCGUUCCUCUUCUCCUUGACUCUACAAGCUCGACCCUGCGUUUACUGCGUUGUUCUUCUGGUGGCGCUCGCUCAAUCAUCCUGUUACUGGCAAGCCAUUCCUGUCGGCGAACUGAAUCUUUCCAAGUCACCUCCCGACCAGGCUAGUCCCUCCCUCGAGCCCAUUAUCGAUGGGACCGUUCGUCUAAUCGACCAUUGUUGGUGCGAAUUCACUACCACGAAUUUCUUCCAUCCUUUCGAUGUCGAUCGCUGGCAGUUACUCAGCAUCGACCAUGAGCGUAAACUCAGACAAAAAGAGGCCCGGGACGAAGCUUCUCCACCAACUUCCCAGGAUAAUGUGCCCGUUGGGCCUACGACUCCCCCGACGACACAGCCAUCACUGACCUCGCCAGAGACCGAACGUUCUUUGGCUCACUCUUCCACAUCACUGAUUUUUAAGGUCGGGAAAAUGUUGGCUAGUUGGUCAGAACGGCGAUCAGUUUCACAAGAGAAUGUGGCAGAUUCUGUUGAACCCACGAAUCAUUCGAAAGUAGAGGAGCCGACACCAUUUCCCACGUCUGCGCCACUCCUUCGGCGGCAGUAUGAUCUUAGACCCCAUGGGCUUGGCGUUGUGGUUGAUUUUGGGUGGGGGAGAAGAUGA